AUGGAACCACUCUUCACCGGUGUCUCAAAUAACGCCCACCAUCUCUACACCCUACUCUCCUGCAUCGGCUUUGCCUCCAGAGCUACUGUUCAAAUCACCCCCGAUGGACUUCGCUUCUCGGCGGAAGAAGGACGUGUGCUCCAAGGACUGGCUUUCCUCGACAAGUCCCUCUUCACCAGCUUUACAUUCAACGCCUCGACAGACACCAAUCAAGAUAUAUCCGGCCAUGACAAGGAGCCAGAGGUGGCCUAUCCGCACUUCGUCGUCUCCCUCGCUGCUCUCCUCGAGACAUUGAAAAUCUUCGGCAUCAAUGACCUCUCCGAGCCCAAUGGCUUCCGUGAUACAAACCUCCCACAAACCAACCCGGUAUCAAGUGCAUUCACUGCACCAGCCUUGCUGAUGGACCGAUCUUGCACACUCCAAUAUGCAUCCCACGGCGCUCCCCUCAGCAUCGCCAUCACGGAAGCAGGUGUAAAGACUACCUGCGAGCUGGUCACCUACGAGCCCGAAGACAACGAAAGCGACAUUCCCCUACAGCGUGACGCCAUCAUCAUGAAGGUCAUCAUGCGCUCUGCCUGGCUCCACAACGCCAUCGGCGAGCUCGACUCCUCCACCCCAAUUAUCCUCAAGUUAUCCGCCUGUGCCAAGCGAGAGCCGUACUUUGCUCUCUCCGGUGCUGGCGGCCCAUUCAGCGAAUCUACCGUGGAAUUCUCGGUUGAUCAACACAAUGAAGUCGGACCUGAUCAAUCAGGACAGUCUCAGACACACAAGGUACUAGCCGAUGACGGAUCCUCGCGAGCCCGUGCGACUCGGACAAAGAUGGUUCCGACUGUCACCGAGACAUUCCUUGUUGCCCCGCCGUCUUCAAUGGGCGAUCGAAUCAAACAGAACUAUCGAUUUGCACUGAUCCGCAAAGCUGCCCGUGCCAUGUCCGUCGCCAACAAGGUCAGCAUUCGAGGUGAUCGACAAGGUGUGCUAAGUCUGCAGUUCAUGAUCGAGCUUGACGAUAAUGUACCGGCUGGUAGACCUGUGGGUGCGGGUGUCAAAGCUGUGGGUCCGGUGUGCUUUGUGGACUUUCGUUUUGUGCCGCUUCUGGAUGAAGAGGAGGCUGAGAUGGACGUAGAAGUCGAUGAUGAGUAG